AAGAGCUCACCGGUGACUAUGAGGCCAGUAGUGAGCAUGAAAGGACAUGUGAGGGGAGCUAUGUCCUCAUCAGCCCUGCUGGUCUAGAUAACUGCACAUUCUUGUACAGCAUUGGCUAGCAGUUCAUUUAAAGACAGAAUCACUGUUUCCAGGUGUUCAGUGUCAGCGUUAAAAUGGUCAGAAAGCGUGCCAGCCGGCAGCUAGGAGGCUUUGCUGCUGUCAUCCUAGCAUGGAUCCUUUGUAGCGCUUCUAUAGGCCUCCCUCGUUGGCGAGUGUGGGGUUUUCGAGAGCCCAUGGAUUCCAAGCCCAGCAUGACUUUAGUGGGGAUGUGGAAAACCUGCGUUCACCACCGGGAAAAUAAUUCAACCAUUUCUAGAGUGUGUUACCCAUAUACCUAUCAGGACACCUUCAUUCCUUUGGAUAUUCGAAUUGCUCAACACCUGUUACUUGUCUCCAGCUUUCUCGGCAUGGUUGCGACAGUCUCAGUUUUUGCUGCUCUUUGGAAAUUGUACUCAGGGAAACUCCCGAAGAAAGCCACCCACAAUCCAUUCGUCUUUCCAGGGGUUCUGAACAUCAUUGCUGGCAGCUUUCUCUUCCUUUCUGUCUUGUACAACUAUUUAUCCAUCAUUCGCAAGGCUGGGAUUGCCUUCCCCCCAUAUUUCCGCACGCCGUCCUUCCCAGAUACCCAGAAAGUUGGCAGUGCAUUGGUAAUGGCAACUCUUUCUUCUUUCUUAUUUCUAGUGGGUGGCACAAUUUCCUUUUCUUUCACUCUUCCCCGGCGUUCCCAUAUACGUUCUAACAUUUAAAUGUAAAUUUCCAACUUACAUAGACUUGAAAAUUCAAAACUACAAGGAGUAAUCACAAGUAUUCUUCAGAUAUCUACCUAAAAUUUCCAGAUUCAAAACAUGCCAAACUGGACAAGUGGCCUUCAUUUAUAUUUCCUGUUUUGGUCGCUUUAUUAUUUUAUUGAUUGGCUUAUGGAUUUUCAUUAAAUAAAUUCAUGCCCACUUAA